AUGUCUAAUUCUUCUAAAUUACUACGAAAAAAACUUCCAUCACUUGUGUUGGAAGGAAUCUUUGAAAAUUUAGCAAAUGAUAUCCAAACGCUUCAUUCUUGCACACAAGUUAAUUCUAAAUGGUUUUGUGAAGCAUCUCCUAUAUUGUGGUGCAAUCCUUUUUCACAUAAAGUAAAGAUACACCUUGCUAUCGGAUCUUACAUACAAGAAAUGUCUCUUAAUGAAAAACAAGUCAUCAAAAAAUCUUUUAACAUUUCAAGAUUUGAAUUUAAAUCAUUAUUACCAUACGCCUCAUUUUUACGAUUUAUUAAUAUAAAUAAUUUCAUGGAUGCUGUGAUCAAUUUUUGGCAAAAAUUCUGUAAAAGUUCUCAAAAUUGUAUGAGAAAAAUUUACAUUGAAAUGAUUUCUAAAUUUCUUAUUCAAUUAUUGAUAAAUAAAUCUACAAAAAUUCAAUACUUUAAAUUUGUAGAUUUAUACUUUACUAUUUAUCCAAAUUUAGGUAAUUCUCUUGUAAAAUUAGUUGAAAUCCAGAAUGGGUUAAAACACCUUACACUUACAAACACUUUUAAUAAACAUUUUUUAAAUGCUCUACGAUCUCAGUCACACACUCUUUCAUCUAUAGAAUUUAAUUCUGUCGAACUUAAACAAAUUUCUUUAAUUAGCUACAUUAAAAAGUGUCAAUCACUUUCAAAAUUAACUAUUUGUAAUUGUUUCUUUGAAAGUGAAGGCGAUAAAUUUAAUUUGGUAGAUAAAAUUCCUCUUAAACAGCUUGUAAUUUAUAAUUCUAUAGCACCUGUUAUUGUGCUGCUUUUUCUCUGCAAUUCAAGUUUAGAAACCUUUAAAAUUAUAGGUCCAUAUUGUGGAGAUAAAAUUGAAAUAAUUUUUGAAAUAAUUUUUGAAAAUGAUUACUUAGAAAAACUAGCAAAAUCAUUACCAAAGUACAUAAAAGAGAUUAAAAUAUGGAUGGUUUUGCAACCAGGUUAUGAGGAUGAAGUAAAUUUAGAUGAUUUAUGUACAUUUUUUAGUAAUAUUAAUUCUAAAAGCUCGUCUGUGCUUUUGGAGAUUGUUAUUCCAUAUAAUGCGCAGGUGGUUUCUAAGAGCAUUCAAUUUGAUGAAUUCGGAAAGCCAGAAAAAAUUGAAAGCAAAAAUCUUAAAAAUUUAACUAGCUAUAAUACUUCA